AUGCAUACGCAUGGGCCGCCCGGGCAAUCACCUGGGGCUCCGCACGUCCAGGGGCCCUACGAUGAUACUACGGUGCUGGGCGGGGUUGGGAAGGGGCUGGGCUGGGCGGGGCGGCUGCGCACGCGUAGAGGCCAAGUGCACUCCAAUUUAAUUAGACGGGUACCAGGCACUGGGACAGUUGUUGCGGGGAGGCGGAAGCUACAGCCAGUGUUCGCUCCCUCUGGAAACACAAGAGGGAAUCAACUGAUAGCAGUUCCUGACGCCACCGCGCGCGACCUUUCCUUCCUCUUCCCUGUUCUAUCUCCACCCCUUACUGACGCACACACUUACAUGCACUACAUAUUAGGGCUUGUUCAGGAGAUAUCUGGGUGGGGAAAACUCCACUAG